AUGCCUUCACGAAGAGUUGUCAGAGGUCAUCCCGCUAAGAGGAAUGUUGAGCCACAGCAACAAGGGGUACCCAUUGCACCAGAAGUGCAACCACAAGGAGUGGUCACCAAUGUUGAAUUUCGUGAAGCUAUCCGGAUGUUAAGUCAAGCUGUGACCAAUCAAGUUGGACAGAGGGAGAAUCAACAAGAAGGAGUUGAUACUUCGAGGAUCCGUCAGUUCUUAAGGACGAAUCCUCCAAGCUUCACUGGUUCAAGUGUCACUAAUGAUCUGAAAUACUUUGUUGAAGAGCUUCAGAUGGUUUUUGAGAUUAUCCAUGUUGUUGAUAUUGAGAGGAUGGUUGUUGAUAUGAGAAGUAGGAUGAGUUUGUUUGUUAUUGGUUUGUCUCGUCUUUCUAGUAGAGAAGGCAGGGCAGCUAUGCUAAUAGGAGAUAUGGACAUAGCAAGGAUGAUGAUCCAUGUGCAACAGGUUAAAGAAGAAAAGCUGAAAGAUAGGGAGGAAUUUUGA